AUGGAUGAAAUACCCAAUACUGCCGAUAUUUACAAGAACAAAGAAUUUCAUGAGAUCUUAGCCCUUAGAAAUAUUCGACCUCAUUAUGGAGCUUUCCUUGAGGAAGCGGAUAUUGACAAUCUCGAUUUGACCAGAAACGAACGAGGGGAACUUACAGAUGAAUCCAUUCAGCAGCUUCAUAAUCUCAGAGAAAGUUACGAUACAUCUGGCAUUGAUAUCAUGCUCGGAGUUUUGCGAUUUUUAACCACCUUCGGAUAUACAUCCAACAAUAUUCCAGGUCCAAAUUCAGCGCCAGGAAGAGAAACCAUCAAGAUACUCAUGACUUUCGAGAAGCUUUUCAUGGCAGCCGCUAUGAAAGAUUUCGGCUGGGAUCAAGAAAAGGACUGGAAGAUGAAACGAGAACUCAUAGAAAGUUUGUCCAGUAGAUUCAUUUGCAAAGACGAUACAUCAUUUCUUGCACUGAUUGGGAAGAUGAAAUCACUCUUCAAAGAUCAUCCACAAUUCCAUUUCGUCGAUAGAUUGUUCUGGAAUCGGAUCAUCAAUAAAGAUGGUAGCGCAAAAACAGAAACUGGCCUUUUUCCAAGACUAAAGUUCAUUGAGCUGAAUGAACUAAAGUUCGAUGAUUCUUCGUCACUCUCAGGUUCACUUACAGAGCACUUUUACCCUGCUGAAAAGACUGCCUUCACCCAGAGCUUCUGCCAUCCAUCAACCUUUCUUAGAAUACACUACAAAGUCAAAACCGGCCGUAGGACUAUUGCAGAUAUACGCAAGAUAUACGUCGAGGUUCCUGGGGCAGUGUACGAAGUUACAGAUAAGAGAAUUCCGAAGGUCACCAGCUUGGAAAUUUGA